AAUAAAAUAAUAAUCAAUCAAGUCUGAAGAAGAAACUCUAAAGUGCAUAUGUUUCCUAGUCGAUUUACAGCAAAAUUUCGUUUAAUUAGAUAGAGCCUUGAAGAGCAUCACUUAACUCACUUUUUGUUCCAUUCCCUUAAGCUUGUCUUGUCGCUGAGUAAUCGACAACCCAACGAAGAGGGUAUAAGACUUGUCAAACUACUACAGUAGCUAUCACUAGGAUUUCUCAUUUUAUCAAUAUUGUGUUUCAAAAAAAUGAGUUCUUCAAGUAUAACUCCCACCUUCAGCGCGGGAGAUUAUGUCAAGUUCUUCGGGGCCGGUGCCCUUGCAGCAACCCUCACCCAUGGAGCUGCAACCCCUAUCGACGUAGUGAAAACGAGGAUUCAGGUAGAUGAUUCGAUGAAAGGGCUCAACAUGGUCAGGGCGGCCCGGCAAAUCGUAGCAAAGGAGGGCGCUUCGGCUCUGCUAACCGGUUUUGGGCCUACUGCUGUUGGUUAUCUGGUCCAAGGCGGUGGCAAGUUUGCGGGAUACGAAUUCUUCAAGAAGAAGUUCAUAGAUAUGGCGGGUUCCCAGGAGAAAGCAACACAGCGCCGGACGGCCAUAUACCUAGGUGCGAGCGCCACAGCCGAGUUCUUCGCCGAUAUUGCGCUAUGUCCGCUCGAGGCUACGCGUAUCCGUCUGGUUUCCCAGCGCGGUUUCGCUUCGGGGCUUACGUCGGGGUUCAUGCGUCUAGCUAGGGAAGAAGGGAUUCGGGGAUUUUACUCUGGUUUUAUACCAUUGCUCUUUAAGCAGGUGCCGUACGCGGUGGGCCAGUUUUCUGUACACGAAGUGGCAGUCGAGGUUAUAUAUCGCACCAUGGGACCCGAACGGAAAGCCAAGUUGACCCAAUUGCAGUUGACAGGGGUUGAACUGACCUCGGGUAUUGUAGCUGGUGUCGCCGCUGCAGUUCUUUCCCAUCCGGCUGAUACGCUGUUGUCGGCUAUUAACAAGGGCGCAGGCGACCCGAAACAAGGGGUUACGAGUAGAAUGUUCUCACUGGCGCGAGAGUUUGGCCCUAGGAGAUUGUUGCUGGCAGGCUUAGGUCCGCGUAUAUUGAUGACGUGCGGUCUAGUUGCCGGCCAAUUCGUCAUUUACGCGCAAUGCAAGGCUCUGGUCGGCGCACCGCCAAGCAUAGAGAUUCACAAGGAGAAGUCACCGAGGUAAAGUGGUAGCUAGCGGGCUCGGAUUCGCCUUAAUAUAAU